AUGGCUGCUGCUGGCGCCUACCCAGGUCCAUGCUUCAAAGGAGCCAUGGACAAGGGAGCAAUGAAGGGAGCGCCAAAGGGCCAGGCAUUCGGACCAGGCAAGGGCAUGCCUGGCAUCAAGGGCAUGGGCAAGGGCUUCGGGCCGGACGGCCGCCCCAUGGGACCCAUGGGACCCACGGGACCCACGGGACCCAAGGGCAUGGGCCCCAUGGGCCCCAUGGGUCCGAUAGGCGGAAAGGGCCCCAUGGGCAUGGGGCCUGUGGGCUCCAUAGGACCGGGAGCGCCUGGCGGCUUGAAGCCCCAGAGCACCGGCGGUCCCAGACCUGAUAAAGCCUUGGCCCCGCCGGCCUUGACAGCAGCGGCUGAGCGCCGGAAUUCCCGGGGCCCCUUGAUGCCGCCGCUGCCGCCCUCGGCACUUCGCCCAGACGCGCCGGUGCUGGAGGAGGACUUUGGCUGGCCCACGAAAGCAACUCCUUGCUUCGACAAAGUGGACCCUGCAGCUUCCAUGUCUAAGACAGAGGCCACGGACCACUCCCCGUUGAAAAGCGCAGCACCUCUUGGGGAAGCUCAAGGACGGCCCGCUCCGGUUUUAAGAUUUGUGGAUGAUGGUGAGAAGGCUGACAUGCCCACUUUGCCUGGCAUGCCAAGCAGCAUGCCAAGCAUGCCAAGCAGCACGCCAAGCAGCAUACCAAGCAGCAUACCAAGCAACAUACCAAGCAGCAUACCAAGCAGCACAGGUGGCAUGCCAAACAGCAUGCUAGAAAGCAUGCCAAGCAUGCCAAGCAGCACGCCGAGCAGCAUACCAAGCAGCACAGGUGGCAUGCCAGCCAGCAUGCUAGAAAGCAUGCCAAGCAUGCCAAGCAGCACGCCGAGCAGCAUACCAAGCAGCACAGGUGGCAUGCCAGCCAGCAUGCUAGAAAGCAUGCCAAGCAUGCCAAGCGGCAUACCAAGCACAGGUAACAUGCCAAGCAGCGUGCCAAGCAGCAUGCCAAGUUGCACUCCAAGCAGCAUACCAAGCAGCAAGCCAGGUAGCAUGCCAAGCAGCGUGCCAAGCAGCCCGAGCAUGCCGCCUGCAAUGCCCGGGACGCAAUCACAACUGCCGCAGCCAGCACAGGCAGUGCAAUCUGUGCAGCCAGCCCAGAUAGCACAGCCAGUGCAGUCCAUGCUGCCGAUGCAGCCAGUACAGGAAGCGACACAUCAAGUGUCAAUCAUGCAGCCUGUACAGGCUGCUCAGCCGGCGCAGGCCACAGGGCAGGCAAUGCAGCCUGUUGCUGCCCCAAGCCAACUUGGAGGAGCCAGUACGGCAGGCUAUGCGGGGGAUGUGCCCAUCGAAGGUUCGCGGCAAUUCAAAGCACGGCCAACGGUGACGCAUCUCCGUUCUGAGCUCGAACGAGUGCAGAAGGAGAUGGACGCUCUGCGCACGGCGUCGCCGAGCGGCGACGCGGGAGGCGAGACCGGGGCGCACCUGGAGGAGCUCCAGCGGCUGCGGGAGCUGCUUGAGCAGACUGAGCGGGAGAAUCAGGAGCUGCGGGCCAAGCAGGUGCCGGAGGAGGGUGCCACCAAGCGGCGGGGCGUCAGAAAGAGCGUGAAGAAUAAAACCUUGGACCUGACGCCGCACCGGAAGAAUGAGUGGCAGGACAUGCAGCGCCCCGAGUCCGAGGAGAGCGAUCUGGACAUCGACGAGGAUCUCGACGAGCUGCUGGGGAUGGACCUCACGGCAGCCAGAGACUAG